AUCCUAUCCAAUAUGGUUCCUACAACAACAAAGUAGUCGGCUAUUUGUUUUAGAAAUGAUGGAUGGUGUUUUCUAUGAUAGUACUUGAGAAAUGAAGUUAUUUCUUGGUUGUUGGCCCUAAAGAACAGUGGUUGACAAAAUCCACAUAUCGUGAGCUACCAGGAGUGAUAAUUCCCAACUCGCCAUGAUAUGCCAAGCCCAUUACCCCUAUGUGUUAUUCUUUUUAUAUUUAUUUCUAACAUAUAAGAUUGUAAGGUGCAAUCCCCUAGAUGAGGAAGACAAAGAUGUUAACAUAACCAUUGAAGUACUCAAACAUGAAUCCCCAAAUCAGUUGCCCCUUGGUGAGAAUAUUACUAUUAUUUGCAAAACGAAAUGGAUGUCCAGUGAAAUGAUGUGGACUUUCAAUGAUAAAAAUGUUUCUGAACAAGCAGGCUUCAAACUAGAAAUGGAAAGUGAGAAUAUCAAUAAAGAAUCAGGUCACAAGUAUGAGGUGUCAAUUUUGCAUAUUAUAAAUAUUGGGUUUGAUCAUGUAGGAAAUUAUAAAUGCCAUGCCAUCAUGAAAAGAAAUGAUAGUGAUUUUGACUUGGAUUUUCGUCAAAUUGUGUUGAACAUCACAUCACCUGCAGAAGUAGUACACAUCUCCAAGCCUACUUAUGCAAAAAUGCAUGAGAUGGUUGAGCUAUACUGCUUGGUUAAAGGCUAUCCCAUUGAAGGCAUUAAAUGGCUAAAAGACAAUGAACCAUUAACUGAUUUCUCUUGGAACAUUACAAAUACCAAUAUCACUUACAAAAACUCAUCACUGAACUUUGAAGUUACCAAGAAAGACAAUGGAACAUAUACUUGCAUUGUUAACACCCCAAUUUCUCAGGCUAAUUUGUCUACAGACAUACUAGUUCUAGACAAACCUCAAAUCACAUUGGAUUUCAUUAAACCUAUUGGUACAAACAAAAUUUACUUCAACUGGACAGUGAACCAUGGAAAUAGUCCAAAUGACCUGAAAUACAUUAUACAAUAUAAAUCUGAAGAAGAUGAAGAAUGGGUUUAUUAUCAAACAAUGAUUAAUGCUAGUAGUACCUCUCUUGUCCUCAAUGUCAGAAAUAACUCUGUUAUCACUAGCAAAAAUGGGUCCCAAUACACCAUAAGAAUAAUGGCAAAAAAUUCUCAAGGAGAAAGCAUGUACUCUACAAGUGCACUGGUCAAAAUGUUAGAGGAGGAACCCAUUUUUGUUCCCAAAGUUACCGUAACUGGAGUCACCUCUAGUUCAAUUACCAUCAAGUGGACCCCACCUCCAGAGAAAUUCAAAGAUCACAUUCACUACCACCAGCUGAUUUUAAGAGAAUACAAUUCAACAGAAAAGCGAGAAGCAGUCCAACCUGCUGCCAAAGACUACCUCUACAUGUUCUCUGACUUGGAUUCUGCAACAACUUACAACUUCCAAGUAGCUGCUUGUAGUGAUUAUAGCAAAGAAUGUGGCCCUUGGUCGGAAGCUGUAGAUGGCACUACUAUGGAUGGGAUAGCUGGACCACCUGCAAAUGCUUCAGUGGAUUGUAGAUUUGACAAUAUCAGCCACAACAAUUUUGUGUUUGUUUCUUGGCACCAUCCUAAAGAACGUCAUGGAACUAUAAUGUCCUACAGUGUUACAUUAGAAGGGUCUGCAUCCUUCAUCAACGACCAAGGCCUUUUUGAGAACAUAACUUGGGGCCCAAAGUCUACCAGCACCAGUGAGACCACUCUGACAACUCGUUUUUAUAAUGUUUCUUCUAACACAAAUUAUACUGUCAGGAUUUCUGGAGUGACCCGCUUAAGAAAAAAUGGUCUUCCAGUUACCCUUAAUUGUACCAUGCCACCAUCUUUACCUGAUAAACAGAAAUUAGCUAGGUUUCAUUGGAAGAAAAUGGAGGAGCAGGGCAAAUGGAUAUUCAAACUGUUCAUGCCAAGGGUAUCAGAAAGGAAUGGGCCUAUUUGCUGUUACCGCAUUUAUAUUGUCAAAAUGGAGUCUCAACAAAAACUAUCUGACCUAUCCUCUCCUGAAGAUCUGACCAUAGUUUCAUAUCAAGAGGCUCAUAGGACUCCUAGAGGUGGAGCUUAUGUAGCAGAGAUGUUUGCCAGUUCAACCUUUCAUCCAGAAGUAUUCCUAGGCGAUGAGCAAGUUUAUAACACAACAAACACUGAAUGUGAUGAAUGCAUUGGUUUGAGACCUUACAACACCCCCAGAGAAGAGAAAAUCAAGAAUGCCACAAACUUAGCAAACAGAGUUAGAAGAAAUGAGAUAUUAAGUGAUCCUCUUCCUCCUUAUGACGGCAAUCUUGAUAUAAAUAGCAAUUAUACAGGUUUUGUUGAAGUAAUUGUUCAUGGAAACACAAGGCCCAUUUUCCUGGCUGCAUACAGUAGCUAUCUGGAUAUGAUGAAUCCAGGGCCUGAAGUAGUAGCAGCACCAGCUGCAGGAACUCUGAGUCUCAUUGUUCAAAUUUUGUGUGGGUUGGUGGUUGUUAUUCUUGUACUACUUGGGGCACUAUGCAUACUACAUCGUUAUACCAAACAAGCACAUGCACAAGCAGUUGAAAUGAUCACUUUCAGAACUUCAUUAAGGAGUCUCCGAGGCCGUCAAAGGCUAGUAUCGUUGAACCCUCCUGAUAUGUGCCCUAUCACAAAAUCAGAGCUGAUUUCUGCCUACAUAGAGCACCACCGUGACUCUGACUACGGAUUUCAGCAAGAAUUUGAGCUAUUGCCAGACCGUUUUUCUGACCGAACCACCAGAGCUUCCGAUAGCAGAGAAAACGUUUACAAAAACAGAUAUCCCGAUAUCAAAGCUUAUGAUCAGACGAGAGUCAAGUUGACUCAAGUAGACAGUAUAGCUGGAUCAGACUAUAUCAAUGCAAACUAUGUGUUGGGAUACAAAGAACGGAAAAAGUUUAUAUGUGCGCAAGGCCCCAUGGAUACAACUGUUAAUGAAUUUUGGCGAAUGAUUUGGGAGCAGCAUCUGGAACUAAUACUUAUGUUGACAAAUCUCGAAGAAUACAGUAAAACGAAGUGCGCCAAAUAUUGGCCAGAUAAGACAGAUGGCGACAAGAUAUUCGGAGAUAUCACCGUGACUCACAUACAAGAAAUCAGAUAUUCCGAUUAUAUUGUGAGAGAAUUGAAGAUAAUGAGAACUUGUGCUGGUAAGGAACUGGAAGAAAGAAAUAUCGUGCAGUAUCACUAUUUGGUGUGGAAAGAUUUCAUGGCACCAGAACACCCUAAUGGAAUAAUAAAGUUUAUUAAGAGGGUGAACGAAGCUUAUUCGGUAGAAAAGGGUAGCAUUUUGGUCCAUUGUAGUGCUGGUGUGGGCCGAACUGGUACGCUUGUAGCUCUGGAUUGCCUUCUGUUGCAAUUGAAAGAAGAGGGGCAAGUGUCCAUUUUCAAUACCAUUUGCGACCUGAGGCAUCAGAGGAAUUUCUUGGUUCAGUCUCUGAAACAGUAUAUCUUCAUAUAUCGCGCUCUGAUGGAAGUUGGUCAAUAUGGCGACACGGAAAUAAAUGCUAGUGAGAUGAAAGUUACCUUGGAUAAACUGCGACAAUGUGAUAAUGGCAAAACCAAAUGUAAAUUAGAGGAUGAGUUCGAAAACAUAAUCAAUGCUUUCGAAGACAGAAAGUCGUGCUCGGUAGCAAGUGGAGAAGAAAACCGUGAAAAAAAUCGCUGUGACAGCAUCAUACCUUACGAUAGAAAUCGAGUAAUACUCACGCCCCUGUCUGGCAAAGAACAUUCCACGUACAUCAACGCUUCUUUCAUCGAAGGCUACGAUAAUACGGAAUCCUUUAUCAUAACUCAGGAUCCGUUGGACGGGACGGUCCAUGAUUUUUGGAGGAUGAUAUCCGAGCAGGGGAUCAGCGUUAUAGUUAUGUUAUCAGAAAUAGGGGAGGGUAAAUGCCCGAGGUACUGGCCCGAAGAGGAAUCCUCUCACUUUGAUCAUAUUCAUGUUAGAUACGUGCAAGCGGAGAGUUGUCCUUAUUACACGAGGCGAGAGAUGAUAAUCAAAAGUCGAGAUGGUGAGGAUCAGAGGGUCACACAUUUACAGUACCAUGGGUGGCCAACUGUUGAUGGAGAGGUACCAGAGGUUACGAGGGGGCUUAUUGAACUAGUGGACCACUCUCAUACCAUGUUAGUGAGAACUGGGUGUUCACCGUCUAUGGUUGUGCAUUGUAAUUUAGGUUCGGAUAGGAGUUCAAUGUUUGUUGGACUGAGUAUUCUAGUACAGCAGUUGAGAACGGAAAGAAGGGUUGAUAUUUUCACAGUGACAAGAAAAUUGAGGUCGCAGAGGCACGCCUUGAUCAAUUCAUUUGCACAAUACGAAUUUCUUCAUCGAGCUAUUGUAAAUUAUGCAGAACUUCAUGGUCUUUGUGAAACAUAAGUAUUGGAGGUUUGGUGCCAUAUAACUUCUAUAUUUCAUUCC